UUUCUUCCCUCUGAGAGGAUUACCCUGUGCUGAUCCCUUGGUUUAAGCGUCUGCAUCUGAGCUGCUGUUAAAGGCGGAAUCCUCUGUCCAUUUUUCCUCUUCUUUGCUAGAUGGGUGUGUGCCAUCGAACCCAACAUCCCCCCCCCCACCCCCCAUAUCCGCAGUGUCUGCCCCGCCUGUUAAUCUGUGAAACACACGCCCCUCUCACCCCAGACACAGCCACCAGGAGGGUGUGCUGACAGAGAGAGGAGAGAGACUGAGAAAGAAGGGGAGGGAGAGAGAGGAAUGGGUGAGCUGACAAGAGGAGAGGGAGUGAAAGGAAAGAACUGCUGAGCUGACGGAGAGCAGGUCAGACAGAGACGGAGGACUGUCGAGCUGACGCAAAGUCUGAAGAGGGAGGUGGGUUUGAACUGGCGGGCUAACGGGGGAGAGAGAGAGAGAGAGAGAGAGAGAGAGAGGGAAGGACUACUGAGCUGGCCCACGCUGCACUUCUUCUCCAGCGGAAGAGAAGGACCGCGGCCCUGCCCUGGAUGCAGCCUCAGACCAGCAUCAUGGUGGACCUCUUCAUUGGGAAAGUUCUAGUGCGGAACAACUGGGACAAGGACGAGCUGGACACAGAGAAGGAGAUCAUUCUCCGGCUCCAGAACCGCAUCCUGAUGUUGUUCUUCGGGUCGGGAGAGUGCGAGCGCUGCCAGGAAUUUGUGCCCACGCUCAAGGACUUCUUCAAGCGGCUGACGGACGAGUUUUACGUGGAGCGCUCCGCCCAGCUGGUGCUCCUCUACGUCUCCAUGGAUACCACGGAGGAAAAUCAGGAGGAGUUCCUCAGGGACCUGCCCAAGCGCUGCCUGUUCCUGCCCUACGAGGACACCUACAGGAAGGAGUUGGAGGUGAUGUUUGAGGUAGAGGAGACCCCCACGGUGGUAGUGCUUCGGCCAGACGGCUCGGUCCUCUCCCGCAACGCCGUGGAGGAGAUCUGCAGGCUGGGCACCGACUGCUUCCAGAACUGGCAGGAAGGGGCGGAGCUUAUCGACAGGAAUUUCAUGAUGAACGAGGAGUUCGACAACAACAAAAUGCGGAGCAUCACAGACCCCAUACGCAGGCUUAAGUACAAGGUGGAGAAGAAAAAGAAGAAAAGGAAUGGUGAUGAAGAUGAAGAAGAGGAGGAGGAAGGACAGGGUCCAUGGGGGUAAAGGUGGAUGGUGAUGGAACGUCCAGAUUUGUACCUAUCAUAAUCUGCUCCUCUUUAUCACACUGGGCCUUGUUAACCAAUCAAAAAACCCUGUCCCCUCCCCUAGCCCCAGUGCAAUGGUAGGCUGGUUUUACGCAAAAUCCAGUUCCAUGGUUGGAAUUACAUUACUGGUAUUUGGCAGACACUCUUACUUAGAGCAACUUAUAAGAAGAAGACAAGAGCAUAAAACAGGGUUAAGAGCAACAGUAACCCUAGAGGUGGGAAGUAAAUUCUCAUGAAUCAGAAAACCGAGAAUGGACUGUAAUCUAGUUAAGUCUGUUAGGGACACUAAGAUAAAUAAUAACAAGAAUAACGAGAAUUAGACAAUAGCAAGAUGUACAACUUAGCAAAGUGACAAGUUCGCAGUACAAAAAAAAAAAUUAAGAAACAACAAAAUUGAAGUGCUAUGAAAUGGAAGUCGAAUUCAAC